UUAUAGAAUCAUUUCAACCAAUUCUAUUUUCAUUAUAACUUCAAUUUCAAUUAAGAUAAAUACACGCACGCUCUCUUCUAUCACCAACACAUAAUUCAUAUUAUCAUAUCAUAUCUCAUGGGCAAGAUCAAUUCCUUCAAACAAGAAUUUUCUUUAGAUGAACGACGCGAGGAAUCACAAAACAUCAUUGUUAAAUAUCCCGAUCGAGUUCCCGUCAUCAUUGAGAAAUAUUCUAGGACAGACCUACCUGAAUUGGACAAGAAGAAAUAUUUGGUUCCUCGAGACAUGUCUGUUGGGCAGUUUAUUCACAUUUUAAGUAGUAGGCUACGUUUGACUCCCGGAAAAGCUCUGUUUAUUUUUGUGAAAAACACGCUUCCUCAAACUGCUAGUCUUAUGACCUCCAUUUACCAAACUUACAAGGAGGAGGAUGGGUUUCUGUAUAUGUGUUACAGUAGUGAGAAAACAUUUGGAUAACUUGGUUGCAUGACUUGCAUUUGAUGAUUAAUCCCUUCAAGUAUUUGUCAAUUGUGUAUUGUUAUUUGUAAAUAAAUUCAGUACAUGAUGUACUUGUAUGUAUGUAUGACAUAACAACACUGAACCUCCAAUUUAAACAACAAUUUGUUGUACUUUAACUAAGAUGUAUAUUGUAAAGAUUUAGAUCCAUAUUUUUUUCACGUUAAGAGUAGAAGACUUGGGAUGUUAAAGUCCAAUUAGAAUAUAGACAUGUAGAUAAAUGGAAGAUUGUUACACUCAUAGAUUGUAGGAUUGACAAGG